CAUCAAAAAACCAGGAAUUGCAACGCAAACAGCAGCAGCAGCAGCGACCGCACUUGCGAAAAGGUCACAUUUAGAACGAACGAGGAGUCUCGAGGAAGAAGAAUGAUGCAACAACUCCCAGCCACUAUAGAUCGCCAAAAACAAAAAUCUAUACUAAUCGCGGUCUGACUGUGGUUGACUUCCGUACGGACAUGACUGAUUGUUGACUAGGUAGUAAAUAGAUUGAUUGAGGCCCAGUAGUUGCGAAUAGGCACUAACGAGCUGUGCCGAUUCCGAAGGCCCCAUCUUAUCGAACCUAACCAGUAGCCGCAGGCAGGAUUGAGGAUACAUGGUCCUGAGUACAAAGAGGAAUGGGAGGGGAGGGGAAGAAAGGAAAGAAGAGGAACAAAGGUCAGGUCAGGUCAGAUCCAGGUCAGCUUUGUUGUGUCCCACUUCUACCCCUCCCUGUUUAUUCCGGUUCUUCCCAGUUACAUCGCACGGCCAUUUCAUCAUCAUCAUCAUCAUCAUCAUCAUCAUCAUCAUCAAUACUGUCACCAACAACAAUAACAACAACAACAACUAUACCAACAGCAACAAUAACAAUAACAAUAACAAUAACAGCAUUGUCGCUGAAAUAUUGCACUCGUAUUCUGGAUGGUUAGUGAUUACAGAGUUGACCUCUUUCGGCAUUGGUUUCGACCCGUCGAAUCCCAGAACCAUGAAUCGGAAUGGGUCUAUGAGGGGUUGGGCGGGAAACGGUUAUCUACACCAUGACCUUCAACUAACCCAUGUAGGAAUGGUUCUUGAGACGGACUUUGGUUAAGGUAGCUAUAACCAAUAAAGAACUUAGGACUGAAGACAUUAUUAAGACAGUUUCUC